CCCGAUCCCGCGACAGAUACAGCGUCAUUCCGUUCCGGUGCCGGCGAGGCGACGACAGAGCGACAGAGCUGUCAUUCCUCUUCCGGAUGGCGUCGACGGCCGGGGUGGUCCUCUCCAUCAAGGACUCCUUCCUCGCCCUCCCCACCAAGACCGGCGACAGGGCUCUCGAAGAGGUUGAGAAAAACAUCUCCUCGUUGCGGCAAGUGCUCUCUGGUGAUGGAGAAGCAGGAGCAAAUCAAGAGCAAGUCCUGCAAAUAGCACUUGAAAUUUGCAAGGAGGGCGUGCUUUCCCUCUUUGUUCAGAAUCUACCUUCCUUGGGUUGGGGAGUAAGAAAAGAUUUGGUUAUUUGCUGGUGCAUUUUGCUUGGGCAGAAAGUUGAUGAGAAUUAUUGCUGUGUGAAGUAUAUUGAAGAUCACGUGGAGCUUUUAGAUUUCCUAGUUGUUUGUUACAAGAAGUCGGACCUUGCACUGAACUGUGGGAUUAUGGUGAGAGAAUGCAUAAAACAUCCAACCCUUGCAAAAUAUAUAUUGGAAUCCAAUAGCUUUGAGCUGUUUUUCGAGUAUGUUGAGCUGCCGAACUUCGACAUUGCCUCUGAUGCUCUAUACACCUUCAAGGAUUUGCUUACCAAACAUGAAAGUGUUGUGUCCGUGUACUUGAGCUCCCACUACGAGCAGUUCUUUGAACGCUACACAAGGAUCUUAACAUCAGCUAAUUAUGUAACAAGGCGUCAGUCGGUGAAGUUCCUUUCAGAAUUUCUAUUGGAGCCUUCAAACUCUAAAAUAAUGAAGCGAUACAUUCAGGAAGUUCGUUUCCUAAAUAUUAUGAUUGGUCUACUGAAGGAUUCAAGCAAAAAUAUCAAAAUAUGUGCCUUCCACGUUUUUAAGGUGUUCGUUGCCAAUCCAAACAAGCCUCCUGGUAUUAUUGAAGCUUUACGAGACAAUCGCAAAGAAUUGUUGAAACUACUCCACGAUCUUCCUGCAAGUAAAGGUGAAGAUGAACUUGACGAGGAGAGAGACCUGAUCAUUCAGCGAAUCGAGAAGUUGUAAUGCUGAUCACCUAUCAGAAGUUCUGACUUGUUUGGCAUAUCAGAAGUUCAGAACAAACCUAUCAAAAGUUCAGAACCAACACCCUUAAGCCUCCAAGAGCUGCGUC